AUGAAAAUCCUGCAUUUUCUCACUUUACUGCUUUGGCAUUUGACUUGGCUGUCUCUGGAUCUAGUUCCUGGAGCACUGAGUAAUUCUGAAGCAGGCCAGAGUAAUCCAGGGUCUAAAACAGAUCUGUUAAAAGCAGAAGGAAAAGAGAGGGCUCCCUCAGCACGGGCAGGCACGCCACGGGCUGCGAACCAUGGAUUUAGCACCGGGACCUCAAAGGCAAGGGCUAAAAGCAAUGCUGCUCAGGCUGGAGCUCUGCUGGCCAAGAACGAUGAAUCGCAGAGGGUUCUUUCAAGAACAGCAGCCACGGAGGCAAAGGUAGGACAUCUCCCGAGCAGACCUUCUGGAGUAAGGACAGUGACUCCAAAGGUCCCAAAUCUUAGCAGCAAGGCGGCUUUGAAAAAAACUGGCUCGAGUGGUACUGAUACCAGUUCCUUCAAAACGAAAAAGACUAAAGAGCCUGUCACCCAAAGGGAAGCGAAGGAAACUUUCAGACAGCCCCCUAUAACGCCACAUGAAUACAUGCUCUCUCUGUACAGGACUCUCUCAGAUGCAGAAAGAAAAGGUGUUAAUGGAAGUGUAAAACUGGAGGCUGGACUUGCCAAUACAAUAACCAGCUUUAUAGACAAAGGACAAGAUGAGCGAGCGCCAACCAUAAGAAAACAAAAAUACAUUUUUGACAUCAGUGCAUUAGAAAAAGAUGGUCUGCUGGGAGCAGAGCUUCGAAUAUUGAGGAAAAAGCCUUCUGAUGCUUGGAAAUCUCAUUCUUCUGGAAAAACUUCCCAGGUGAAACUGUUUAGUUGCUCUACCAACAGACAAGCAGCAACACUCCUGGACUCUCGUACUGUCAGUAUCACAGAUACACCAAAAUGGGAAGUGUUUGACAUCUGGAAGCUUUUUAGGAACUUCAAAAACUUGGUUAACUUGUGUUUUGAACUGGAAACUUUUGACAGGGGGAGAGCGGUUGAUCUCAGGACUGUGGGAUUUAACAGAACGGGAAGACAGGUCAAUGAAAAGGCUCUCUUCUUGGUAUUUGGGAGGACCAAAAAAAGGGACUUAUUUUUCAAUGAAAUCAAGGCUAGAUCCGGCCAAGAUGACAAAACCGUGUACGAGUACUUAUUCAAUCAGAGGCGGAAGAGAAGAGCUCCUCUAGCAACACGGCAAGGGAAGAGGCCCAGUAAGAACCUGAAGGCAAGGUGUAGCAGGAAAGCCCUCCAUGUGAAUUUUAAGGAUAUGGGCUGGGAUGACUGGAUAAUAGCACCUCUAGAAUACGAAGCGUAUCACUGCGAAGGUCUGUGUGAGUUCCCCCUUCGAUCCCACCUAGAGCCCACCAAUCACGCAGUUAUCCAAACUUUAAUGAACUCCAUGGACCCCGAAUCGACGCCUCCAACUUGCUGCGUUCCAACGAGGCUGAGUCCUAUCAGCAUUCUUUUCAUUGACUCCGCAAACAACGUGGUCUACAAGCAGUACGAGGACAUGGUGGUGGAGUCGUGUGGCUGCAGGUAGCAGAACAGUCGCUCAUGUGGAUGUGUUACGAAGGACAACGUGACGCACUGAACAUAACCUCUCCUGAAACAAGGCUAACUUAAUUUCUUACCUCUAGGGCACGUUUACAAGGAUGUAGCACCAAACCCAGCGAUUCUGUAUGUCUCUCCCCCAUCUCUCCACUGCGGGCAUAUUUCAGUGGUAUUUGGAUGCUGUCAUGCAGCCCAGUAUAAAGCCGUGAGUUGGCAACAUGAGACUGGCUCUAACCAAAGUCUGUGACAGGGAAGAUUUGACCUCCAAGCCUCUAAGUCACCUGCUUUUACUCUAGAGGCAGUGUGUAAAGAUGGUACUGGUGAGCUGUGACCUGUCUGAUCCUUUGAACAACAUUCUUGAGACUGAAUGUGAGUCCAUGUGCAUUGUCCAUUAAGAACUGUGAGGAAGUAGUCCUGACGUCUAGAAGAGAAGGCUGUGCUCUGGCAUGCUCCCAUCUUGGUGUGAAUAGUUGCACUGUGAUAUGAUUUCUUUCUGAUUAGCUCUCAAAACUAUGCAUAUAUAAAAAGAGUAAUUAAAUGUAAUAUGUUGAUUUAGUUUUAAGCUGUACAUGGAGAUGGGUGAUGCAGGAGGUAUUACUUUCCAUGUAUGUUUUCCUGCAAGCUACAUGUCUUUCUUAAGUAUCCACCUUUCCAUUAUUGUGUAGCAAGAUAUAUUACUCUGUAUAAGGUCCAAGUUGUUCUCAAAUGCUCCUAGUAAAAGUGUUCAG